CACAAGAGAUCUGGGAACGAGAUUAUCAUCAAUUUGGAAGAAACACAACAUGGACUUUUAUGUGGACUACAGCUGUAAAGACAACAACGAAACAGGCAGAACCAAGCUUACUGUUUCUGACUUUGGUACCACAAGCAUCAGAGAUGUAAAGUACGCUAUUCAGGCUGCCAUUCAAGCACCAGUUUGCGAUCAACAGCUGUUUUAUCAGGGUCAACCAGUCACAGACGAUGACAUGACUCUCAGCAGAUUGUAUUUCCGAGAGGGUGACUGUUUUAAAGUGCAAUUUCUUGCUGCAGUGGACAUUGGAGGAAUGACUGAGCUAGUGGACGUGCUGAAAAACUUUUCUCAAAACACUGUCGAAAAGCUCAAUACACAGCCUCCAAACUGUACGCUUGCGACAGAAGACAACUCUGAUGGCUCGAGCCUGUGGUUCUACGACGAGUACCUGCAGCUUGUCAUUGCCAUAGAUAAGCUUUCCAAUUCUUUUUUCAUCCCAUGGAAACAGUUAAAAACCGCUGCUCAAAGACACUUUUUCGUUCAAGAGGGGGGAUUUGAUGCAUUUCUUGUGGUGUUUAAAUUCUCACAGCGACUGAACUUGGUUGAGGAUAGUAUCAACCCUGAAGUUGCAAUGCAAGUUGUUAUGCAGCAACAUAACGUUCAUGAAUUUUGUCUUGAUCUUUUGGGGAGCUUUGCGGAGGCGAGAGAGGAGCAGAAGUUUAUUUUGUCAAAAGGUGUUUUUCCUCAUGUGAUUGAUGCUCUUUUACUUCAGCCAGCCUCCCCAAGGGAGUAUGAGUCAAGGUCGGCAGUGAUUGGUGUAAAUGAAGCUGCUAUUGAAUGCUGCUCAGGAUUUGUAGAGUAUGAUGCCAACAUUCAGGAGGAAGUGUCAAAAAUGCCACCACUGAUUGACAAGUUACUCUUUAUGACAGACAGGUACCAAUCAGAGCCUGCAGGAUAUUCACCGUCUGCAAGCCAGGAGGCUUGUAAAGCUCUGCUGUACUGCACAUAUAAUGUCAAAUCUGCCCAGCCAUUGGUGGAUUGUGGUGCUUUAGGGAAAAUGGUGAAUAUCACAAAAAGCCUUGACAAGGACAACGAUACCCCCUUAAGGUACUACUGUUGUCUGUUCCUGGCUAGAAUGCGUUCAGCCCCUUUGAUCAAGCUGGACAGAGACACUUGUGCUGCUAUAGAUGAACUAAUUGACUUGUUUCUGGACAGCCAUGUUCCAGAUGAAAUGUCAAAAUGGGAGGAAGAAAUGUCUGCUAUUUGGAUGACGAUCAUUCCUCUGGUUCACCUUGCUUUUGCUGCGGGAAAGGAAUAUUACCUAUGCAGUUACGGCAAUGACCAGGAUGAGAACCAAAUCAAGGACCAAAAAUAUGGGAACAAUGUCCAUGGUACUCAUCAAAGUGAAGAAUCUUGUUUUAUGGAAAGUGAGCCGCCAACCAAGUCCACACCCGAAGUGCACAAUGCUAGCAUGGCUAAUAUAAAGAAAUCACAAGGUGGUAACCGAUUAUCCAACUCUGGCAGCAGAGAAGAAAAACUGUCUGAUGUGCAAGUAUUUGGAAGUAUGGAAAGUACAACUUCAUCGAUGUCUGACAAUAAGGAUUGUGUGAUUGCAGGGCAGAAGAACCAAUUCCUAUGGCCAGGUUCCACGUCAACACAAAAGCUUGGAGUCUUUUCCCUGGUGCAUACACUUUCCAUUAAGGAGAAUCUGCAGACAGCGCUAUCAGAGAAUAUCAUUCCAUACCUGGUUUGCCUGUCGUGGCGCCUCAACCUUGACGAGAGGGUAAAAUUGAGCACCGGUCUGGAGAAUGUACCUUCUCUGAAAGUUGCUGCCAAAUCUGUGCUUGCUACUGUUUAUGGUUUUGACAUGGUUUCAAAUUUAUAAAUGCUGUUUUCUGGUUUUUAUUGUUUUCAUUUGGCUUUUGAGUUUUUUUUUAGAGUACAGUCGAACCUGUAUAUAACGGCUCUCUAUUAAGAGGCCAGUUUUCAAAGUCCCGAUUUUUCACUCAUACAAACGCUGUAUUUGUUACAUGUAUUAGGCGGCCACCUCUAUUAACUGGCCGCGGCCAUCCUGUAGCAGUCAUAUGUUUGUCUAAUUUUGUUGUUUUGACCUGUAUUAAGCGGCCACCCUGAACCUAACAACUAUAAAAUUGAACGUAUCAACUAUGAAAUGACGGAAUGAGAUGUUUCAUAGAGUCAUAUAGUCUCGUUCGCAGCCGUUAUUAUAGGGUCGUUGUAUGACGACCCUAAUAACGGCUGCGAAGGAGAUUUUAAGUCAUAGAAAUACAGUACUGUAUACCGUAGAAGAGAAGAGGACAAUUUAUAGCAUCGUACUUUUACACGAUAUUACGUAUAUUAUACUAUUAAGUUACAGGUUAGCACUGAACUGAAGUAUUGGUCGCUUGAAAGAGUGUUGAUUGUCCUACUGUUUCAUGGCAUGAAGUGUUCUUGUAUGAUGCACUAUUAAAACUGACAUUAGACCACGCCCAGUGAGUAUUUUCCGUGAUCCUGUAUUAAGCGACCAGUUCCUCAAGUCGCGAGGGUGGCCGUAUAUACAAGCUAUAUGCUGUAUAAACACUGUAUAUUGCAGUUCUCCUUGAUAAUGAAUCCCUGACCGAGGUCGUGGCGUUCGUUUUCUUGGGCUAAGGAGAGCUGAGGGCCUCUUAUAUGAGCCCGGUAACCUGGCUGGCUCAGUUAUCGGGACGAAUUUUGUUGUCUGUUCAUAUGGGAAAUUUCA